GUUUGUGAGCGAAAACAAACUGGCUAACGCUAGCUAAAUGGCUAACGCGAGCUAACUGGCUAACCCAGUAUGAACGGGGUUUCUAUGGAGAGGAGAGCUAGCUAACAUAGCUAGUUAGCUAGCCAGGUAGCCGCUAGCCUAAGCUAAUAAAUAUAUAAAUAAUAUAUAAAUAAACAAGGCGACAUCAGAAGAAAGCAAGGCAGCGAAUCUUAUUGCGGCCCUGUUUAAUGUUUGUUUAUUGUUUGCAUUGUAAUUGUAGUUAACAUUACGCGUUAUCAUGUUAACAAAACAAGUAGAUAGUUAGCUUAGCUAACACGAAGACAUUGCUUUAUAGACAAAGAAUAUUUUCCACAGGCAGGUUAGCAUUAGCCUGUUAGCUAGCAGGGUAAAUAUGGGCUGAAGCUCAAAUGGCUUAUUUGUUAUAUUCUGUAUAGUGCACCUAUGUAGGUAAUUCAGGUCUGUCAAUUAAGGUUUAUUCAGCUAGUGAAAAGAAUGUAGGAGGCAAAAUGAUAAAUAUCUGUGGAAAAAAACAAAGCAACAGCAUAAUUAAGAUACACUUUUACCAUUCUGUAAAAUGUCCUUAAAAAGUCAAAAUCUGUGUUUUGGAGCUUUUUGUCGCCAUCCCUUAGAGUUGACGUUAACAUGAUGGCGUGUCUUAGGAAAGUAUCUUUGGGGGGAAAAAAAAAAAGUUUUGCAGAUAUUCUCUUUUAAAUUUUCACUUUAACAAAUUUUUUUUUCAUGACUCAUCCUGUACCAGCCUUGCAUUGGACCAAUUAAAUGCUGUCUAGAAUGCUUGUCCCGCUCCCUGGGGGUGUGUCUUUUUCUAAAUUAGUUAAACUGGUUCUUUUCGUUUAUAAACAAAAGAUGACCUACAUACCUUCAUUCCGUUUCAUGAAUGAUUCGUGAAUAUGUGCGAUAUGCUAAUUAGACCGCGCCCUUCGGCUGCGGCUAUCUAGGUUAGUGAAGUGCUCUUAGGCACGACCUGAGCUGAAAAGAAACGCAACUUAAAAACACUUCUCGUCGGACAAACGGCAACGGUGAACCAGGCCGCUGUCUUUUGUGCUUGCGACCAAUCGGUGAGAGCGGUGCUGCUAGCUCCGCUCAUGAACCGGGUAUCGACGCUUGUAGCUUGGAAUUUUCCGACCUCCGACUGAAAAAAAAAAAAAAAAACCUUGAAGAAAGCACCCCCUCAACGUGGAAAUCCUACUCGGAAAGUCGAGGAAGUUUCCACAACCCCCGGCGCACGAUGGCGUUCCGGAGAUCCCGUACUGCUGGAAAAUUGCCCGAGCCCGUGGCCGGGGGCAGCAGCAGGAGCGGCGGGGGUAAACUAGGACUCCUGAUCAAUAAGCUGCACACAUUCCUGGCGGUUUCUGCGGAGCAGGGCGGCGAACACGGCUUACCCGGGCACUGGAGCGGUGCGAUGGCCAAAGAGUUUAUUGAGCAGCAGCAAGCUGUAGCACGCGCCUCCGAGGAGUGCAUGCAGCCCAACGUGUCCUCGGAGACGAAGACCUCGGCGGCUCGUUCCAGGAGGAAGCCGUUGGUGGUGACAAAGCACAGCGGCAUGAACGAGUCGGACGCGUCGUCCGAGAGCGGAACCGAAGACGCGCUGUCCGUCAACUCCAGCGAACCGGAUACGACCUCCCUGCCUAAAGGUACGGUGUUUGUGUUGCCGGAGCCGGUGUCUAACGAAGUCCGUGACGAGUUCAGAGGUCCGGAAUUUCGCAGCAAACGAGUGAAACAGAACAAAGACUUCUCGGACAAACGGAGAGGAGGCUCUGACAUCGAGCGAGUGAACUGUACGGCCUGCGGUCAGCAAGUGAACCAUUUCCAGAGGGACUCUGUCUACCAGCACCCUGCACUCAAAGUGCUCAUCUGCAAGUCCUGUUUUAAGUACUACAUGAGCGACGACAUCAGCAAAGACGCCGAGGGCAUGGACGAGCAGUGCAGGUGGUGCGCGGAAGGAGGCAGUCUGAUUGGCUGCGACUACUGCAGCAACGCUUUCUGCAAGAAGUGUGUGCUGCGGAACCUCGGGCGGCGGGAGCUGUCGGCCAUCUUGGAGGAGGAGCGCAAGUGGUACUGUUACGUGUGCAGCCCGGAGCCACUCAUGGGCCUGGUGCUGGCCUGCGACUCGGUGCUCCAGAACCUGGAGAAGAUCUGGGCUCGCAAGCGGGUCGGUGUAGGGGGCGGGGCCCGUGGGAAGCAGAGGGGCGGGCGCGGCGGGUGUGCGGGGACGGGGUCUCCUCUCGGUGCGGCGCCCUCCCGGGGUCUGUGCGAUCGCAUGCAGCGCGUGGUGGACAUGACCACAUCGCUGAACCGCUCGUUCGUGGAGUUCAUGCAGAGCGAGAGGGACGAGGAAGCGAGCGAAGAGGAAGACGUGGACCGAGCGCGGCGGCUGAGCAUGUUCCGCACCAUCCUGCAGGACCUGUGCCAGGCACACACCGCCCUGCAGGAAGCGCUGGAUCGGGAGUUGUACGGGGGCAAACGUGAGCCUCAAAGGCAGCGCGCGAAACCUCGGCAGCGGAAACCUCGGGCUCCGAGAGGCUCGGGCGUCACCAAGGAACUGGUGGUGAAGCUGACGCCCGUCCCACUAGAGGUGUCUGUCAAUCCUGAUGCCUCCGCCGAUGCUUCUUCCGCCGGCGUCGCUGCUGUAGAUACGGCGGAGGUAAACGCACAAAUAAAGGAGGAGGAGAAACAGGAAACGGCGGAGAAGACCGAAGGAAGGGCUGACGGAAAGAAGGCGGAAGAGGAAGUGAAGUGCGAGGUGAAAGGAGGCGUGGCGCCGGAGGAGGAACACACAGACGACGAUGGAGAUGACGAAGAAGAUGAAGGCGAUGAGCCGGAGAUGGCGGAGGAGAACAAGCGCUCUCCUCGCGUCAAGACGACGCCUCGGCGACGGCGCUCGGACGCUGCGCACGCCGGCCUGGAGGAGGACUCUGACUCGGAUGAAGUGCCCGCCGUGCUGCUGCAGACCGCCGCCGCCACAGCCGCCAUGGCCACCAGCGAGGAGGAGGGCGGGGUCGACAGCGACGGGGGUGACCCCGACGCAAACCAGGAAGUCCGAAAGCAGUGCCUCUUUGGCCUGGUCAAAACCACUCCCCCUUGCCAAGAUCGAACUCCACGCAAGCGGAAACUUAAAGACAGGUCCUCUUCUUCAUCCUCCUCUUCCUCCUCGUCCUCUUCAGCCGCCGAAGUAGCAGAUCCCGGGUCGAAGGUCCGGCGGACAGUAGGACUUACCCACAAGGUCGCCAAGAUGACGGCAGACAGCGCAAGCUCGUCGAGCGAUCAGGAAAUGGACAGCAGUGACUCGGAUGAGUUGGAGCAGAAGAUUAAACCGCUGAGUGAUGUCACGCUGAUGGGAUCCGGACCGUUCCAGCAAUCCUCUGGUGACGAAGUGGAUGUGUGCCCCGCCCCGAUCGUGUUGGAUGAGGAUGAUGUGGAGAAUAGAAUUGCUAAACAGAUCCUGUUGGCCGAGAUCAGAGCCAACUUAUCGUCCAGCUCCGGUCAGGACGACUCCUCGGACGACUGGGGAUCCAGGGAUGAGGAUGAGGAGGAAGAGGAAGAGGGCAUGACGGAGAGGGAGAGCAAGAGGAAGGAUGACGCUGAAGACAGUGAGCCGACCGAUAACAGCUCCGACUCGGACGAUCCCGCUACACCGGCACAGUCCCGUCACCACCUGCUGCGCUGCCGCGUGACCCCGUGGGAGACCGCGUCUAAAGACGAGGAUGACGAUAAACCUGCUGAUCAGGAGACCGGAAGGAAGGCGGCCGCGAUAAACAAGCUAACAGACGUUUGCAGCAGCGACGACAGAGAAUCUGCUAGCGAGGAGUCGGCGCUGAGCGAGGUGAUCAGCCAAUCGGAAGACGAGGACGGCGGCGGCGUGACGCAGAAGGAUUCUGAGGUUGACGGGGAACCUCACACACCUCCUGGAGAGGGCGGGGAGGACGGGGAAGACGGGGAAAACAUGGAGGAGCUUAUGAGCACGCCGAAGGGCCGCAGGAAGAUCCGGAGGAUUCUGGAGGUGCAGCAGCUGGCGAAGGAGACGCAGGAGGCGCUGAGGGAGGAGGAGGAGAGGAGGCAGAGGCUGGCUGAGAGAGACAGACAGCGACGGCAGGAGGAGGAGGAGAGCAGAGAGCAAGGACGAGACGACUCGGAGGUGAUGAUAGUAGCCGAGACCCCGGCCUCCAGACCCGUUCCUCUGGUGCUAGAACUUGAUGAUGCAACACGGGAAUGUCUGGUGGAGGUGGAUACACACCUGCUGAGAAAACUCAAACCUCACCAACGAGAGGGUGUGCAGUUCAUUUGGGACAGCUGUUGUGAGUCCAUAGCAAAGGUGAAGUCCUCUCCUGGUUCCGGCUGCCUUCUCGCCCACUGCAUGGGCCUCGGAAAGACGCUACAGGUGAUCACGUUUCUGCACACGGUGUUGACGUGCGAGCUGGUGGCGCUGAAGACGGCGCUGGUGGUGUGUCCUCUAAACACAGUGCUGAACUGGAGGGCGGAGUUCGACAAAUGGCAGCGUGGCAUCACCAAAAAGAAAGUUGAGGUGACGGAGUUGGCAACGGUGAAGUCAGUGGGUUCUCGUGUGAACGCUCUGACCAGUUGGCACAGGAGAGGUGGUGUGAUGAUUAUGAGUUACGAAAUGUACCGCAUUCUCACACACGGAGGUCAAGCCAAAUAUGGCAACGAGCAGAGGAACCUACGCGCUGUGCUGCAGGACCCCGGCCCCGACAUAGUGGUGUGUGAUGAAGGCCAUGUCCUGAAAAACGAUGCGACUGCCAUCUGUAAAGCUAUGCGCUCCAUACGCACACGCCGGCGAAUCGUUUUGACAGGAACCCCGCUUCAGAACAAUCUCACUGAGUAUCACUGCAUGGUGAGUUUUGUGAAGCAGAACCUCUUGGGUUCCCUGCGUGAGUUUCGGAACCGUUUCAUGAACCCCAUCCAGAACGGCCAGUGCGCCGACUCCACACCGUCCGACGUGAGGUUGAUGAAGAAACGAGUACACGUCCUCCACGAACUCCUCGCUGGAUGUGUUCAGAGGCGGGAUUAUUCCGUUCUGACGCCUUUCCUGCCACCCAAGAGAGAGUACGUGCUGUUGAUCAGGAUGACCACACUACAGUGUCAACUGUACAGACACUACCUACAGAACUACACUGCUAAAGGAGGGGGUGUGAACAGAUUAUUUCAGGAUUUUCAGAUCCUGAGUCUUAUAUGGACGCAUCCGUGGUGCCUGCAGCUUUCUGACCAUAAUAGAGGGAACAAGGGCAAAGGGGAGGAGCCUGCUUCUGAAACCAUGGCGACUGUUGUGCGUUCUAACGUGGCAAACGGGCAGAGCACCAAUGAACGUGUGUUGGAGGAGAGCAGAGAUCUCAACUCAGCCAAAACUACACCAGACGAGGAGCGCAGCAUGUUGAGCGGACCCCCAGCAGGUUGGUACAGAGAGUUUGUGUCCAACGCCGACGCCGAGCUCCUGGAGCAUUCUGGGAAAUUAAUGCUGCUGGUGGAGAUUCUGCACUGUGCCGAACUGCAGCAGGAUAAAGUGUUGGUGUUUAGUCAGUCUCUCGUUUCACUGGACCUGAUUGAAACCUUCUUGGGGUUGGCCGAUAAGGCAAAGAAGGAGGGAAAGGCCAGUGUGUAUAAAGGGAAGCAGUCGUGGGUGCGGGAUAAGGACUAUUAUCGUCUGGACGGUUCCACCACCGCAACAGCACGCAAGAAGUGGGCUCAGGAGUUCAACAACGUCAGAAACACACGCUGCAGGUUGUUCCUGAUCUCCACUCGAGCCGGAUCGUUAGGGAUUAAUCUCAUCGCAGCGAAUCGAGUCGUGGUGUUCGACGCAUCAUGGAAUCCGACGUACGACGUUCAGAGCAUGUUCAGAGUGUAUCGCUUCGGCCAGAAGAAGGCCGUAUACGUCUACCGCUUCCUGGCACAGGGAACGAUGGAGCAGAAGAUAUACGAGCGUCAGGUGGCGAAGCAGUCUCUGUCGUCCCGUGUGGUGGACCAGCAGCAGAUCCAGCGGCACUUCACACACAGCCAUCUGAGCGACCUGUACCGCUUCCAACCUGACAUCCACAGCAAGAGCCACGCCGUGGAGCCUACGGACAAGGUGCUGGCGGUGCUCCUGCAGCACUGUGGGCGGUCCAUAGUGUCGUUCCAUGAACACGAUUCGCUGCUGGACCACAGGGUGGAGGAGGAGCUCAGCAUGGAGGAGAGGAAGGAGGCGUGGGAGGAGUACCGGCUCGAGGAGACAACACAAACACACACACGUGCCUCCGUCCUGGAUUUGGGUGAGCUGAGGAGGAAGAGCAAUAACGAGCUGGAGGACAUGUUAAAGAAAGGUCGUCUGGAACUGCAGAGAGCUUCACACAACAUCAAAGCCCAAAGUCUGGAGUUCUUCCAGCAGGAAGUGAUGAAACGCUACCCUCUGCUGGAUGAAGAGAAGAUGAAGCUGAAGGCCUCUCAGUCUUAUGAGCACUACGAAAGAGAGAGAGCACGCUGGAUGGAGAUUUACCAAUGUAAACUCGCCGGUCAGCAAAAGCUCAUUCAGUACACACAACAGAUUCUGGCUAAAAGGGCGGCGCAUAGCAGUAGAGCUCCUCCCACUACAUCCACACCCCUCAAAUCACGGUUUGAAGCAGGUGACUCUUAUUCGGCCCCGCCCCUUCAGCCUGCCCCGCCCCUUCAGCCUGCCCCGCCCCACCCGUCCAGAGAAACGGAUCGUACGGCUGGUUCCCUCAGCCACUGAGAGCGUCGUCUCCUGAAGAGAGGGACGUCAGAGAGGACUUCACGAAGCUGCUGUAGAUACCGUGACGACGACAUUUUAUUCUUGUUGUUCGUCACGUUUCUACUCGGGACUCGUUUUCCAGAAUAAUUCGCGGCGCUUGGGUUGUGUUCUCUACCAGCGCUGCCUCAAAUCUGCUGCUCAGAAUCCGGAUCGAGGUUAAAGUUCGCUUGGUUUAUUUCUACGUGAUCUAAUUAUGUUCGUAAAUGCUGACGCUGACGCUUAGACCUCGACCUCCCCGUUACCUCAGAUGGAGUGGGCUAGUCGCUACGCAGUCGCUAGCAUGUUUAAUACAAGGAGGAAAACAAAACGUGUUUACACCUGUCGUUACUCGGGAAGUUAAAAAAAGGCAGGCUUGAUGAUGAUACUCUAAUAAAGAAUCCGAGGGAAUGUUUUCGCUUUCUGGCUAAUUGAUGAUGAAAUCUGAGUAAUUAACUACUAAAUAAAGGAAUAUCAAAGCCCAA